AUGUAUAUCAAUCUCGCUCAGUUUCUGAUCCCAAAGAUCUCCUCUAUCUGCUCAUUCCUCAUAAAUCCAUUCACUGUCUACAUUGUUUGGAAUGAUAAGAAGCUUCAAUUAGGACACUACCGUUAUCUUUUGCUUUAUUUUGCUAUUUUCAACAUGUGCACAUCGUUAAUGGACAUGUUGGUACCCAUGUGCGUCUUUAAUUAUCGCUAUGCGUUUUCCGUUUUCAUAUCAGAUGGAUUUUUCGAGCAGUUCUCUGAAUUCAAUCAAAUCCUCAUUGCUUUCCGAUGCAGUUUUAUAUCAGGAGCCUAUGCAGUUCUACAUGCCCACUUUCUUUAUCGAUUCUUUGUUUUAUUCAACAAUCAAUUUCUCACUAGAUACUUCAUGCCUUAUGGGAUACUCACUGCUAUUUUGUAUUGCUACUUUCACAUUAUUUACUGGACAAUUUACUGUUAUUAUUACUGUGGUGGAGAUUAUUCUCGACGUCUUUAUAUACGAGACUCAAUGUUUGAGCACCACGGAAAAGAUGUUAUCAAUAUGACAAUUAUAAUAGUUCAGUACUUUGAAGGAACGCCGGAAGCUAUGUACAAAUCUCGUUUCGGAAUAAUUUGUUUGUCAGUUCUUUCCUUCAUAUCUCUUGCUCUAAUUUUCUAUUUUGGCUACAAAAUCUGGUAUAGAUUGAGCAAACAAAGUUCAGAUAUGAGUGAGAAAACUAAAAAAUUACAAACUCAAUUGGUGAAGGCUUUGAUUGUACAAGCUGCGAUUCCAACUUGUGUCAGUUUUGCUCCGUGUAUCUUGUCUUGGUAUCAACCAAUAUUUGCAUUGAAUUUUGGGAGAUGGCUCCAAUUUGCAGCAGGCAUUGCCGUUUCAACAUUUCCAGCUCUCGAUCCACUUGCUCUAAUAUACUUUGUGCCAACACUUCGCAACAGAUUCAUUGAUACAAUCAUGGUUUUCAAAUUCAGUAAAAAAUACCAGACGUCAACUUCUCGAAUUUCCGCAGUACCAUCAACUGCUUGA